AUUUGGACAUUUAUGAGCGGCUUCAAGAGCAUCACUAGCAUUGGGAUUACUCGUUAGUGAGAUUGCUCAAGUCUCUUUUCUUCCCCUUCAUCAUCCUCGGUAAAAAUUUCGAUUUCAAUUUUAGGGAUAAGAGAAAUUUUAGUUUGAAAAAUGGAUUCGGAACCGAACGUGGAGGAGCCAAGUUCUUGGGACGAGUUAUACAACAUCAAUUUGAUGCCUUCAGAGUUAUUUCUCAAGUUCCGUAAAGAAGUUCAGGGUGUUCGUGUUGCUCUCAAUAUGGAGAUAUAUAAUGCUCCUAUCAAUGAAGUUCAAGCAAAGCUUGUAUUUAAGCCUUUGACACCAGAAUGGAAAUGGAAGUUCAUUUAUGAGCCCAUUCAGCAUGAUGUUCGUAUUCUCUCAAAAAAGAUCCCAAUUACCAAAUUUCUGAAUCUUCAGGUUGGUGUAGGACACAGUUUUAAAAUGCACGCUACUGGUUGGAAAUGGAAGCUCACCACAUGUUUGGGUGGAGAUAAUGUAUCGCGAAUCCGAAACAAGACAUCGGUUGGUUUGUUCCCCGGAUUUGAUUUACGGUUUGGAUGGAGGGCAGAAUAUGUUCUUCCCGAGCUUACUGGGGGUCUAGGUACUGGCGAGCCAAUGUUAAACAUGCAGUCAGGGCGUCUACAAGCAUCACUUGAUAGAGUUGAGGCCAUAGUAACCCACAGUGAUGCUGCUUGAUUUGGUAAAAGAUUACAGUAGAAGAGUGUAACCAAGUUUCUGCAGGAUGUUAAGUAAACUUUUGAAGUUUGUCACUGCCUAUUUAAAUGCCUACAAGCCUCAUGAAGUGCAGUUAAGCUAAUAACCAGUAAGGUUAUUUGAAUUUUGUGGCAUGACCCUUAGUAUGAAAUUAUGGAGCAGUUGAUGAGAGAAAACUAACUCACUGUAGCCAAACGGCUAUUUACUUUGUGCAUACAUUAGUGUAACAGUCAAGUUUCAUAAUGUGCUUUUUGCCUGUUUGAUGAUUUGUAUAUGUGGCUCUAUAGUUAAUAUUUUUCAGAUCCAAA